AUGACCCUUACAGAAGGAAACACGUACCUGCCUUCCAUGGAGAGCAGCCAGGCCGAGUUAAAUCCCCAUGACCACUGGGACAUAAAUGACAACAUUCUACCAAUGCUCGAAAAGUUAGAGGGUUUCCAGGAAUGGCCUGACGGAAACUGCCGUCACGUGUAUACCCAGGAAUGUGAGGACGCCAGACGACAUGUGAGCGGCUGGGCCAUGCGAAACACCAACAACCACAAUGCCAUGAUUCUGAAGAAGUCGUGCCUGGGAGUACUGGUUUGCAGUCAUGACUGCAUAGGCCCAAACGGUGAAAAGAUACAUCUGAGACCCGCUAUAUGUGAUAAAGCAAGGCGGAAGCAAAUAGGGAAAAUGUGUCCCAAUCCCAACUGUUCGGGUGUGUUGGACCUCCUACCUUGCAGAGGUCACAGCGGAUAUCCUGUCACCCACUUCUGGCGACACUACAGGGGAGCCAUCUAUUUCCAAGCCAAAGGGGUCCAUGAUCAUCCGAAACCGGAGCUCAAGGCUUCCGCCGAGGCACGCAGGCACCAGAGAUCACUUAGAAGUCAAAAACAGUCCGAGGACUGCAAUGGAGGAAAAAUGUUUCGAGGGCAGGAUGAAGAUGUAUCACAAAUGCGGCAACUUUUUACACCAGAGCGGGAUGAUAUGUGUUCAUGCUCCCCCUUUGAGUGCACUUGCGGCAAUAAAUGGAAUUAUCACGGCAGUCCGAGGGUUGCCAGUUCUCCCCCUUUUGGUUCCAAACGUCUGGCGCUUUAUCCAUCGGACCAUUGUGACAUUCAGUCCCCAACUGGCAUGCAAUCCCUUUCGAUCGAAAUAGACACAAACAAGCGACUGCGACACAAUGCCAACGGGUCCUACUACACGAACGAACCUUGUUUGCAGACGCACUAUCCUUCAAUGGGUUCUGUAACAAACGUGCCCUCUCAGAGCCAUGUGUAUCCUUCGUCGAGGCCGUAUGAAGCGUCGUAUUUCUCUAGUCAGAAUACAAGAGAACCCUUCCCAUUGAGGCCCUUCGCUGCCCAGGAGUCUCAGUAUAGCAGACCACUUAAACGAACGCACAUUGGAAUGGACUCGCCUCGGACGCCAGACGGUGAGGAAGCCGCUGAAUUUCCAUUAAAGCGAGUAAAAACGGAAAAUUAUAGCAGUUUUCCUGCUUGCUCAAGACAAACUCUUCCGGUGGAUAACGCGCAUGUGCAAAACGAGCAGUUUGACCCAGUUAGUGCUCCUUUUGACGAUACAGUGGACCUUCUUUCGAACCCAUUUGAUACAGACAUAUACACGUCAAUGGUUCAGAGGCUAAACCAAUCCUGCUCAAGUAUAGAAGAAAGACAACACAUCGUGCCAUCUAGACAAACAGACCAUUCUAACAAACUUUUAGAACUUAAAAGUAACAAAUGCCAAGACAAUAAACUAAAAACAAACUCUAACACGGUAUGCGACGCAAGCCCAUCAUGUGCGGAAGCUCAGUAUAGGGGAAAUAGCUCUUGCCAAGCGUCAAGCGAGUCUAACCCCUUCACCAAUCCGAAUUAUUUCCCGUUGUACUCCCAGUGUAUGCUAGAUGGUAACCCCAGCUGCAGUUACGAUCAGAGAUAUUCUUCACAAUCACCCAUAUCAACUCCAUCAAAUUAUUGUAACCAUAGCAUUAAUAUCACAUUGAGAUAUAAAUAG